AUGGCAACGGAUGUACAGCAAGAACAGCUCAUACCUACUAUACUAAAAACUCAACACUUCUCUCAAACCGACUCCCAACAGCCGAAUGAUGACGACACUCGAAAGUCGGUUGAUAAUAACGACAUCUACAAUCCCAACAACGAGGACGAGGACGACAACUUCGCUGAUUAUGCCUCUUCUUAUGAGACAGAUCGUGACAACGAUUCCCAUAGUCAACGAAGACCAUCUGAUGGCUCGGUAGUAUCAGAGUCUUCGUCAGUGUACGAAGACGACGGGAAUACUGAAUCCCCCACGUCCGCUAAUUCUGAAGACAAUUCCUUCAUUCACCUUGAACGGGACACCGAGAACUCGAUACAUAGCAAUAGAAUAGAGCAAAUCAAUGGCAAUGAUACGAAACACCAUAAAGAGCCAGCACAAUCCGAUGAUGACGAAAGUCUAAAUUCAUUCCACACUGACGAGGCAGAUGUAACAAAUAAUCACGACUCGCUCAAAAAGAACGUACUUGAUGAUAGCAAGCACUUUGACGGAUUCCCGGAAAUGCUUAAACCCAAUAGUGAGGAAGACGACAACGAUAAAUCUGUCACCGAUAACGAUCCGUCUGACGAUGCAUCAAGUGAGGCAGAAUCGGACAAACCAGAAUCGCACUCGGUGAAAGUCACUAGCAAGGAUGAUCCAAGUCAAAAGAUAUCGCCUUCUGAAUGGUCUAUUGAAAAUGAUUUGGACAAAGAACCAAGCGAAAGUGAUUAUGAUAACAAGUCAGACCAUUCGACUGAAUCCGGUAAUAACGACAACAGUGCAGUCGAGCACACAACAUCGUUCCAUCCCACUUCGAAUGCUGUCUCGGGGUCACCAUUGUCUUCAACAAUCCCCCCGUCGCCCACGUUUCUUUCGAGUAUGGAUGAUAGAACCGAUGCCGAUUCAAUUAUGUCCAAGUCCAGUUUCUCCUCUGACCGCUAUUCUGACUACAAUCGAAACCCUGUCGAUACAGUAGAUGAUGUCGACAAUGAAAAGUCUCCAACCAAUCGCGUGUCUGUUGCUUCUCUCGGUGAGAAUCCGGAACUUAACGAUAUCUCGCUCGACGAUGAUGAACGUGAAGAAGAAAAUUCUGGGGGCUGGUUCUCUAAUCAUCUACCACGUACUCCGAAUUCGCUGAAAUCCUUUGCUUCGUACUUUCGACCAUUGUCCACUCUGGCUCCGCUUGGUUCAUCGCAUAUUGAACAGGGUGAAGAUGAUGACUUUUCCGGUGAAUUGAAUUUCCCAAAGUCACCCAAUUCAGUUAGAUCAUUCGCUUCAAUAUUUAGUUCUCGACCUUCCUCUGCUUCUCCUCCAACUACUGUCAGUGAUAAUACCGAGUCUAGGCAUAUGUCUAUGGCUUCACUAUUGUCUACUGGGUCUAGUACUGAUUUAUUAUUGGCAAAACUGGACAAAGACAAUCAGAUUUUAGCAGAUGAUCCUAAAAUACAGAAAGUUAAUAUGACUGCUGUUGGAGAAAUUAAGAAAAGUUUCGAGCGAGUACAAACUGAGGCUGUAGAAGAUGAUAUUGACUGGGAUUUUUGGGGUCUUGUUGUCAAUGACUACGAAGCAGUCGCCAAGUCCCAACCAAAAGUUUUAUCAAAGACGAUUCAGAAAGGCAUACCUACUCCACUACGAGGCAUGAUAUGGCAGUUGAUGUCAAAGUCAAAAGACGUAGAACUAGAGACUAUAUAUGCGCAACUGCUUAAGAAAACAAGCGUUCAUGAAAAGCUAAUUAUGAGAGAUCUUAAUCGUACUUUCCCGAAGCAUGAAUACUUUCGAGACCAGAAUGGAAUCGGUCAGGAGGGAUUGUUUAACGUUGUCAAAGCGUAUUCUUUAUAUGAUAAAGAAGUUGGAUAUUGUCAAGGAAUAUCGUUUGUUGUAGGUCCACUGUUGCUCAACGUAAGUGCGGUUGCAUAA